ACCUUCCACCAUUCUGAAGAAGUUCGGAUCCUCGUCUCCAACGGCUUCGCUGUAGUGACGAACCCGCAUCAGAGACGCUGAAACUGGGAGAGCGGAGUCGACACAUCCCGAGGCCAAAGCACCAACGUUACCUGCUCCGCGAAUUCCACCUGGCAGAGAUUUGAAAGACGGCGCAGGAGAGGAGAUCAUCCCAGCUCAGCUCAGGUGUCAGACUCAGCUUCCAGGAAGUGUCUGCAGUCCUGAGAUGGACAAGCCGAAGAUCCACAUUUUCCUAGGGGCCCCGACUCUCCCCCUCAAAAUGGCUCCUAGCGGCGAGCCGGGCUGCGCUCGGUGGGAGACUGUGGACCUGUGUUUGAAGGGCGUGCGGUUGCAGCCCAAGGGGAAAGAGCACGGGGCUCAGGGAAGUGACAUCAGCGCCGUGGGCGGGGCCUCAGACGAGCAGGGCGGGGCCGACAAAGCCGUGCUCGCCAACGAAGGCCCGGACAGACCGAACAUCGACCCGGGCGGCGUUCCGGACAAAGACGCCCCCGUUUCUGGGAACGCUGAGGGGGACCGGGAGAGAAUUUCGCAGCCUGACCUAGACCCGGAGGAGAGGGGCUCCUCCCAAAAAAAGCGGAGCGCCGUAGACGAGCAGGACCCGUGCCCCGAGGCCGUGAGGGAGUACCUGGACAGCUGCUUUCGGGCCCCUGGGCCCGGGACGGGGGCGGAGCCUGCGGGAGGGGAGGCCCCGCCCCGCCUGUCCCUGGAGGCGGAGUUUCUGAGCUCCUGGACCACCAGCCAGGCGCUGCUGCUGAAGGGCAGGCGGGGCCUGCCGGCGGGGUCCAGCCCGCAGGGGGCCGGGGCUCCUCCUACUCCUCCUACACCCCAAAACCGUGCGCCUGUGGGGUCGGGGAGCUCCCCCGAGCUGUACAGCCCCACCAGCAGCCCUCGGGGGGCGCAGGAGAGCUCGCAAGAGCUCUUUCACACCCUCAGCGAGAGGCAGGCGGAGGGGGGCGUGGUCCUGGAGGCCACGCCCGAGGGGGUCCUCUGUUCACAAGGCAGCCCCAGCGCCAGCCCCAGCAGAAAGCCUGCAGAGGAGGCGGAGUCACUGUGGGCCAGCCCCAGACCCGGCCCCUCUUCACGGACCUCUCCCAGACCGGGCCCCUCCCUACGGACUUCUCCCAGACCAGGCCCUCUCGACCUCUGGACCUCUCCCAGACCGGGCCCCUCCUUACGGACUUCUCCCAGACCAGGCCCCUCCCUAUGGACCUCUCCCAGACCGGGCCCCUCCCUACGGACCUCUCCCAGACCGGGCCCCUCCCUGCGGACCUCUCCCACGCCCCCCUCUGCCAAAAAGAGCAGGGUGUCCCCCACUGGGGCUAAGACUCGGGGGGGACAGACAGAGGGGGCCUGUGUCCCGCCCCAGUCCGGACCCACCACCCUCCUGGGCAGGUGCGUGGCCAGAGGGGUGCGCUACUCUCUCCUGGUCGCCGUGGUGUACCCCUGUCACCUGAAAGAGAUCAAAGUGAAGUCCGGAACGUGGGCGGGCUCCACUGUUCCCCUGGCAACCAUCGUGGUCACCGACCAAUCGGGUGUCGAUAUGAAGGUUGUCCUCUGGAGGACUGCGGCAUUCUGGGCCCUGACGGUGUACCCAGGAGAUUUGCUGCUUAUUACAGGCGUGACGCUGAAUGAGGACAAGUGGAGAGGGGAGGUGGUGCUGCAGUCCUCCUACGCCAGCAGGCUGCUCAACCUGGGCCAGCUCACUUCCGCCCUCCCGCCACCAGUCCCACAGAAUGUGAAUAUCCGGGCUGUGAAGGAGUUGUGGGGUCACCUGUGUAAGAAGCGCCCCCUGCUGGUGUCGCUCCCUCGUCGCACGGUCCAGGACCCCCACGCCAUCCCGUAUGUCCGCCUCAGAGUUCUGAAGCCCGACACACUGGUCCAUGUCCUAGUGAGGGUCACACACAGCACCAUGGUUACAGCCUGGCGGGACGAGGCGGAGAGCUGCUCCAGGGCAGGCGGGGUGCAGAAAGCCGUGCUGAGCGUGGAGCAGGAGGACGGCCACCAGGGGACGCUGGUGCUGUGGGGGUCGGCCAUGGCCUGGCUGCAGAGGAUCCGCAGGAACCAAGGUGCAGUGUGGGAGUUCCGGGUCCUCCUGGUGAAGCGAAACGUGGCCACGGGGCGCCUGGAACUGCACUCCACGCCGUGGGGGUCCUGCGAGCCCCUCUUCCCCGACGACAGGAGGGCGGUGGAGUUUCACGACCGGGCCCAAUCGAAACCUCCGCCCGCCAGCUUAGAGCUAGACCUGGCAACCCUGCUGUCCCAGAAAUAUUCAGGUGACGUGGAGUUCAAAGGGCAGAUCGUGGCCUUCCAGUUUCAGGGCACCUCCUCCCAGAACGCCUCGCCGCCGAUGAACGGGGACACGCCCUCGCGGAAGAUUCUGGAGGCGGUGUCCGGCGACGUCACAUUCAACGGCUGCGGGCGGUGUGGCGCCGAGCUCGAAGCGGACGACAACGGGAUCUACCGGCCCUGCUACCCCUGCCUGCCGCGGACCAGCGUCCGGCGCUACUACAGGCCAGCUGUACUAACAGUGAGGGACGGGAGCAGCGAGGUCUGCGUUCAGGUUCCGUCUUCCCUUGUGCAGAAGAUCCUGCUGAACACUUCCCCGGACAAACUGAGCAAGACGGUCGCUCCCUCCUCUGACGUACGGUUCGCCCAGGUGGUGGCUGCCCGGCUUCGGGCUCUGCUCUCCGUCCCCCGGGACACCUUCCUGCUGACCGUGUCCAGCCACUUCCUGUGCGACGAGAACAGCGUCCCCACAGCCCAGGACUUCCUUCUGCUGGACAUCCGACCUUGAUCGGCCCCGCCCUCAAGGGGGGGACAACGGCCGGCCAAUCAGAACCCGUCUCCACCCAAACUCCUCAGACUCUGCCGCCGUGCUGUGAAACAGUGGAUCUGACCGUGUUUGAUUUACAGCUGUGUCUAAACUCAGAAACUGCCUGUCUUCAUGGAAAACCCAGGUAAAACCUUUAAAUUGUAAUUUGUGAAACUGGGUGUUGAAUAACAAGCAUUUUUGCAUGUGCGUCUUAAUUCACGUCAGGUUUCUCUGACAGCUGUUUGCAAGCCAUGUGUGACCAAAAGCAGAUACAUGUACCAUAUAUUUAAAGCGCAGCUAGAUGGGGCAAGAACUGUUUUGUGAAGGUCGUAACUGUUAGCCUGAUACAACAGUGUACCAACAUGGUUUUGGAUGUCUGUAAAUAUGCCAGCUGUAAAUGAUGAUAAUUGUUUUUAUGAAGAUAUGUCAUCUGUUUAAGGUUGUAAAUAAACCACUGUUUUGAAAUAAAAGAUUAUUUUGAUUAAACAAAA